AUGAAUCAUCAGCAUGCUUUUUUUGAUGAUCCGACAAGACCUAAUUUCGUUCAGGAAAGUAGCGGAGCAUCCUACUAUCAUCAAACCAUUCCGAAUAUAUCACCACCAGUAAUAAUAGGAUCCGAUCAAGAGGAAUUACCAAUUAUAAUCAAUAAUUUUCAGCAAUCGUUGACCAAGAACCCUUUAGCCGGUACUAAUUUCACAACAACCCAUAGAGCAGGACUUGAACAAAUUUCAAAUCAGCAUCAUCAUGCAUCAUCAUCACUGGUAGUACCACAACUCGGCGAUUCAAUAGGUUCCACAUUUUUGAACUUUAGAUCCUCAAAUUCCUCUUCAACAGCCAAUACAAGCAGUAGUAGCGAAGAUGGUACUUCUGCUCAAGCACAUAUUUGCUCUUCUUCAUCAACACCACCAUCAACACCUCCCAAUAGUGAUUCAAAUUGCUUUAGAACGAUCACAAAUGAUGGUUUUCCUUCAACAACAUCCUGUAACAACAACAUCAUUAUUGGUAAUCUACCGACUGCUCAAUCGACCACAAAUAAUCCCGUUGCUCUUGUCACAUCAAGCGCUACCAACUCAAAGCCUUCAAAACGAAAACAUUCCACAACGAAUAGUAACUCUCCUCGCCAUCACCAACAACAAACAAGCACGCUCAUAUUUAAACCAUAUCCUGCCUCAACAUCUCAAUCUCACAACUCAUCUAAAACAAAUGAACAUUCUCGUCAAUUAUUAUUUAUUGAGGAAAAUGGUCAAACAAAAUCUUCCAAUUCUACAACUGAUCCCAGCCAUUUUGAAAUUUCUUGUGUCUCUUGUCGAGUCAAGCAUAGAAAAUGCGACAAAAAACUUCCAACAUGUUCCUACUGUGCUCUAAGAGGUAUAGAAUGUGUAUAUAGAAAACCAAGAAAAAAAGGACGACAGGGAAAGUCCUUUCUGCAUGAGGAUUAUGAAGAUCAAUUCGAAUUGGAUGAUCAAAAAACAAAAGAGGAUAUCAUUGAGGAUCAGCAAGUGUCAAAUACUACUAUCAAUAAUAACAUUACCAACACUGGUUUGCUGAAUCAGCAACAACAACAACAAGAAUUAAUAUUGCAGCAGCAACAACAACAACUUCUCAUGCAACAACCGACCAGCGGUGCUUUCAACAAUGUGCUCAACAAUUUUGGACUUUUUUCUUUGAAUCCUCCUCAACUAGAAUCUCAAUUGCAACCUUCUUUACAAUCUCAACUAGAAUCUCAAUUAUUUUCCCUACUGAAUCAACCUCCUCAACCACAACAAUUCUUAAUUCCAUCCAACACCUCAUUGCUGGACGUAAAUCAAUUUUCUAUGAAUGCUAACCCAUUACCAACAUAUAAUCCAGAGGAUUGGCUUUAUCAAAUUCGAUCAUCUUUGCGAAACAAUGACGAAACAAACAAUGUCAACACUCUGCACUCGUUACUGACCUCUGACUCUAUAAGUACUCUAUUUCAAUUAUCGAAUAUGGUUGAAGAUCCAAACACGAAUAAUGUUCGUACUACCAACACCAACAUCACCACAACUUCCUCUAGUGCCACAACUAUAGCCAAUGAUCCAAACGUUUCUAUCGAUGUCAUUACAGAACAAUUAAUGAAACGUUUAACAUUAGAAGAUUAUUGUAAAUCAACAAGUUUUCCCCUCAUUGAUGAACAGUCUGUUUCUCAUCUGCUACGAAAUGAAAAGAAACAAGCAGAGGCAAGUGCCUUACUGUAUAGUAUUCACUCAUUAAUGUGUCAAAGAAAAGGUCUCAAAGCAGAAGCUGAAUCUGCUCAUCAAAAAGCCAAAUCCAUACUAUCUACCGUAUUUAAUACCUAUGAAAAUUUCCUAGUUGCUUGUUCAUAUUGUAAUCUGUCCAUGUACUGCAGUGGAGAAGGCAAUUUAGAAGAUGCCAGAUUUUUCUUACAUUUUGUAGAUUAUUAUUUUGAUCAGGCAGAACAAAAUACAGCCACAGAUCAUAUCGUUCAUGUGAAUACCUAUCAUUUGAAAAUGUUGAAACAUGUUGCCGAAAUGGCAUGUGGAAUGGCUGUAAAAGAUUCAGAAUCUAGCUCUCGAUCACUUCUAGAUUCUUCCACAAAUGAAGAGCAUUCAGAUAAGAAUGAUAUUGGAAAUUUAUUGAUUGGAUUUUACAAAAUGUGUUCUGGAGCUAAGCAAGCACCAAAACCUCUACUUGAAAUCGUUUCUAAAACAAUUACAACAGAUACUGUGAAAUUAUAUCUUACCCUUUUAGAAUUGGUUUCUAAAUUGUUUUAUCAGCACGAAACCAAUAGAAAUUUGAAAGAUGAACAAGGCCAAAUGUCGAGUCGGGUACGGAUGGCCUUAAAUCAUGGUAUUAGGUUACUCGUUUUACAGGAAUGUGGAAUCACUUCAGAUCCAAUGCUUGAAGAGUCAGCAAAUGCUUUAAUUGAUAUCGCAUGUGAAGAUAAAUUUGGAGCAGCUUACCCAAUCAUGCUCAGUGCUGUCGCUGCUGCUUGUAGGGUACAUUUAAAAGUCAUUAAGGAAAUUGAACAAGGCAAACGACAAAAUUUGGGUGGUGAUGGAGUCGAUUAUUAUGAAAUGAUCAAAAAAGGACUUAAGGUACUCACCAUAUUUAGCACAAGGUUUGGAAGAGUGAACAAAUUGUACAGCCCAUUAAUAUUAGAAUUACAAGAGGUAGAGAGAAACCAUAUCAAAGCCAAAUUAUGUCUAUUGGUUGGCAGUGAAAUUGAACGUCUGAAAUUAUUGAAGGCACAACCAUCAAGUAUGACCAUGUCAUCAGAUUCACAACAACACCUAUUAUCCUUCUUAACCAAAGAAGAUAUUCUUACCAUUUACUACCUCGUACCUCCCUCCAUUCAGGACUCUCCACACAAAUAA